AUGGUUCCGUGCGGUCAAAUCCCCGUUCCGAUGGCUCCCAAAGGCGCAUCUUACAUAGCUAGCGUCUCAUUGCUGGUUCAGCUGGUUAUGCUAGCGAUCGCUCUUUUGGUGGGCCACGGUCUUAGACGGAAGAAGAUAGUUAUAAUCCCUGAAGCUGGCGCGGCGUUAGCCUUUGGUGUGCUAGUAGGGCUGGUUGUGAAGUUCCUUCGCCAUGGUUCGGAGUUCAGGGAAUGGAUCAACUUCAACAAUAACUUCUUCUUCUAUUUCCUGCUGCCGCCGAUAAUAUUAUAUCCUUUCACGUCGUCUGUGUCCCUCAUUUUGUUUAAAUCUCCGCCAUUACGCCUUGGUUUCUUGCUCUCUUCGCCUUGCCUUGUAGACUACGCACGCAUGUCCUUCCUCGUCCGCACUUACGCUCCAAGCUUGGAGUCUCUUAUUGCUUCAUGCGUGCCCACUCUCUUCGCAAUUGUGUUUGCGCGAAAUUCUUUUUUCCUUAACCGUUUUGAUCAUUUUGACAUUUCCACUGAGUCGGGAUGGAGCUUGAAGACGAAACCAUUUUUUAACAACUUUGGAGCGAUCUUAUCGGUUCUUGCAGUUUUCCAGGAAUUGGGUGUAGACCGCACCCUUUACGCCCAAGUAUUUGGAGAAUCUGUGCUCAAUGAUGCAGUUGAUGGCAGAGGAGUAUGGUUUGCUAUUUCGUUUUUCUUAGCCAAUUUCAUUGGUUCUUUCUCAAUAGGAGUGAUUAUGGGCUUGUUGAGUGCCCUUGUCUUCAAGCAUUGCGGUUUUGAAGAUGAUGGUCUCGCUUUGCUGCAAGCCUGCCUGCUUUCACUAUUCCCCUAUAUGGCGUACAUGCUGGCUGAUGCCUUCGAAUUAUCUGGUAUCGUGGCCAUCCUUUUCGCGGGAAUGACGAUGAGAUACUACACAGCUCCGCAUCUGAAUGAGAAGGCGCUGGCUACAACAAGUAGCUUCUUCUCCAUCCUUGCAAAGUUAUCCGAAACUUUCGUCUUUAUAUACAUGGGAGUCGCGAAGCAAAGCAGAAUUCCAAUGAAUCAUCAGCAUGCGUUGUGGUUCAGCGGGCUUCGUGGAGCCAUGGCCUUUGCCCUCGCACUACAGUCUAUUACUGACCUUCCUGAUGAAUAUGGCCGUGAUAUGCAGACGGAGGAGAUAAUGGUAGCUCAACCACCUGAAAAACCUCAAAGCAAUUUGAAGAAGAAGUUUCAGCAGCUGAAAGAGAAGGCUAGCUUUGCUUCAAUCGACAAGAACUUUUUGACUCCAGUUUUUGCAACACCAUCCCGUUCACAUCCGCGUCUUGUGGAGCUCGAUCCAAACGUUACGCCUCCGCAACCACACCGUCCAAGUUCUUCUUCAGUUGAUGAAAGAAGAGCAGUAGAAAUUGAGCUUGCUCCAGUGGAUGAAUUGUUUCCAGUCGAUGAUGAUAGUAUGACCAUUCCCCUGACAACUGCACUUUCACUGCCCCUAGAAGGAGGGCACCUCAGUCGGCGUGCCAGUGCCAAUAGCCAGCAGGGAGGAUGA